GAUGGAGAGAAGGAGAGAAAGAGAGAGAGAAAGUGGUCCACAGAGUCUAUGGCUGUCUGACCCUCAUCUCAGAAACAGCCGUGUUAGAUAAGGAGAGAAAGAAAGAGAGACCAAGGGAGAAAGAUUCUAUAAACCAUUAUUCUCUUCUCUCUUCAUUUAACUCUUGUUUCACAACUAUGACUUUCCUUUCAGCGCGAUUCACAUGAAAAGCCAAUUUCAAUUUCUUCACACACGUAUAUUCCUUUUCUUUUUCUGUGUCUCAAACCACAAAAUCAAUUCAGUGAAAAUGAUCAAUUGUAUCUAUGAAGUUUUCCUUUCAUCAUGUCUGCAUAUUAUGUUAUCUUUUCCCAGCAUGAGCACUGGUAGCUGGUAGCAACAAGCUGCUUUUUGGUUUUAUGUUUGUUUUGGCAGUACCUUCCUCAAACUACUAGUGCUUUUGGAAUUUCCCAUAGGUAGCUAGUUUAGGACACACAAUUUUUCUUCACUUCAAAAAAUGAUGUCUGAAGAAUCCUUUUCUGUUCCUCCCAACACCGUCAGAGACUCCUUGGUUCAUGUUCAACCCCCCAGCUCAAACCCUAAUAAUAACAAUCCUAAUCCUAGUUCAAAUCCAGCUAAGAGAAGGAGAAGUCUACCCGGAACACCAGAUCCAGAUGCAGAAGUGGUGGCUCUGUCACCUAAGUCCCUCAUGGCCACCAACCGUUUCAUAUGUGAAAUUUGCAGCAAGGGUUUUCAGAGAGACCAGAAUUUGCAGCUCCAUAGACGCGGCCACAACCUCCCGUGGAAGCUGAAGCAGAGAACAAACAAAGAUCAAGUGAGGAAGAAGGUGUAUGUGUGCCCUGAGAAGAGUUGUGUGCAUCACGAUCCCUCAAGAGCCUUGGGAGACUUGACUGGCAUAAAGAAACACUAUAGCAGAAAGCAUGGGGAGAAGAAGUGGAAGUGUGACAAGUGCUCCAAGAAAUAUGCUGUUCAAUCUGAUUGGAAGGCCCAUAGCAAGAUUUGUGGGACUAGAGAGUACAAAUGUGACUGUGGCACACUUUUCUCCAGGAAGGACAGCUUCAUAACGCAUAGAGCCUUCUGCGACGCUUUGGCUGAAGAAAGUGUGAGGAUAACAACAGUUCCGGCAGCUUUAAGCAACUUGAGAAAUGAUAAUCAUUUGACCAAUGCUCCAGCUUCGAGGAUCCCUCAGAUUUUUUCAGGGUUUCACUCAGAUCAAUUCGGUGGUUCAGGAACAUCAGAAUCGUUGGUGAAUUAUGCUGAGGCAAACCAUCAUCAUCAUCAUCAUCAACAGCAACAACAGCAGCAGCUGCUGCAGCAGCAAAAGAUAAGGUUACCACUCUGGCUAGAUCAGCAGGCGAAUUCACAAGUACUUCACCACCCCCUUAUUAACUUCCAAACCAAACCAAGUGAUUUCAGUUCUUCGGGGCCAAACCCCGUGCCUGAUGUGGUGCAAACGAUGGACAUGUUUGGGCCACAGUUUGUGAAUUACCGUUACCCAGAUGCGUCAUUUGGAGGUGCCAACCUGUCUGUGCUGCCGCCACAUGGACUGAAGCAGGAACAAGAAGAAAACAAAGGAGAGUUGUCGCAUAGCGCAAGCUCGAACUUGUACUUGAGUAGUAAUCAGAACCCACCUCACUACAUGUCAGCCACCACAGUGUUGCAGAAAACUGUUCAAAUGGGAUCUACUAGGGUGAACGACAACGCGUUUUGCUCCACGGGCAGCAAUAGGAACGGAAACCACAACAAUGUUGUGAACAACGUUGUUGUUGAGGUUCAGAAGCUGGACGAGUUGGUGAGUGUGGAAGGGUGCACCAACCUUGGAGGUGGUGGUGGUGGGUAUUUAUUGAAUGGUGACUCAAACAACUCGUUUUUGGUUGUGAAUGGCACCAAGGGUUUGGAGCACAUGGUGAUGCCGGUGGAUGAAGAGACAACAGCAGCAUCAAUUAUGGGAAAACAAUUACACUCCAUAAGCUCACACGGCAAAAAUCAACUCGGUUUAACCCGAGAUUUUUUGGGUGUCGGAGAUAACAACAUUGAAUCAAUAAGGAGACCUUUUUUCGAGCAAGAUCUUGUUGAAUUUAAUGCAAUGGGGUCAGGCUCAGGCAUGAACCUGCAGAGCCAGUACGGUGGACACUAUGUCUAGAGUCUCAACUUUGAAACUUCCAUUUUAAAGAAACAUAGCUUAGAGCUAAAGAAGCUGAUGAAGUUGUGUGAUAGUGAUAUAUAUAGCUAGCUACUGUUACUAGUUGGAGCACAUAAACUGAACAACAUUACCAAUGGAGAAAUUAAGCAAGUGAUUUCACGUGUGAUAUAAUAUAUUCGAUAUGAAAGGAGGGUCUCGUGAGGGAGGUGGGGGCCAAUGCAUGUGAGACGGGACAAAAGUGAUAGAUAUAUUCAUAUGAACGUGAAUAUCUAUGAGAUGAGUCCAAAACUCAGAGGGUGAUUUGAUUCUCCGUUAUGGAAGGUCCUACCCUCCCUCCAUGGCCAUGCAUGUCCAUGGAUGAAGCAGAAACACUGUCUUUUCUCUUACCAAUUCAACCAGACUUUUCUCUGACGUGUAAGGUUGAUACAACUUUACAUUGUCGUACCUUUUACCUGGUGUCUGUGACCUAGUUUUUCUUUCUUUUUCAGUGGCCUUUUAACUGUGCAGGGCGUGAAAUGCUUUUCAUUGAGGUAAACAAACACUUUUUUUUUUUUUU